UUCACCCAGCGCAGCCAUUACUGUCGCCAUAUUAUUCGAGGAUUUUAUUGUAUUGAAAGUUUUUCCUGCUAAUAUACUGAAGUAAAUGUCUUAGGGACAAGAUUUUUUUCUGUGUUCGUCUUGCAAAACCAUGGCGUGACAAUGAGUCACUCAACUCCAUCGGGGAACGGCUGUUCACUUGAGGAUUGUUACACAAAUUUAUUUUCACUUACGGAGAUUCGUGGAAUAAAAUGGAAAAGAUUGUCGGCUAAUCCCGAGUAUACAACUGUUGACCAGUUGGAGGACCCAGUGUUGGUGUCUUAUGCUAAAUGCAUUAAAGCUGACAUUUUGUCAGUAUGGAGAAGGGUUCCCAGGAGCUCUGACCAGCCUCGAUACACAACUGAUCAGCUUGCUUAUAACAAGGAAUUGUGGAUAUUUUGGUAUGGAGACGAACCUGAAAAUUUGAAUCGGUUGCUCUCAGAAGAUUUGAAAGAGGAUGCCAGUGGUGGAUGGGACAAGGGAGAAUGUGGAAUUUCAUAUGAAUGCAGGACCUUGAUUUUUAAAGCUCUCCACAAUCUUAUUGAAAAAUGCCUCCUACACAGAGGGUUUGUACGGAUUGGGAAGUGGUUUGUCCAGCCCCACGAUGUCACUCCUAGUGGACAGGAAAGGAGCACCCACUUGUCGUUCUGUUUUAACUUCUUCCUACAUGGGGAGAGUUCUGUGUGUGCCAGUAUAGAAGUCAAGCAGCACCCCCCAGUGUGGAGAUUGACCAAUCAUCAUUUAGCCUUGGCCCAGGAAAACCCAGACAGUCUUCAAGUUAUUCUUGUGCCAUACGGGUUAUGUGGGAAACUGACAGGGAAUUCCUACAGAGACACUGAUCAGUCAGCCAGUAAAAUAAUGGAAGAGUGGAGUCAGUUCUACCCUCUGGAUAAAAACGAUGGAACUGAUGUCAGUCGAGUGCCACCCUUAGUAGAAGUCACUGUCGCGGGAGUGAGGAUGAAGUAUCCUUCAUGUUAUGUGUUACUUUGUGAAAUGGAAGAUGCACCGGCCCGUGCCCCAAACCCGACUGUCCAGCGUCCCGGGGUAGCCCCGGGAGGCCUCUUAACUCCACCUACCUCACCGGCAGCUGCUGGCAUCCACCCAGGGGCUGAUGCAGGGGGGAAAACUCAGUGUGCCCCAUAUACAGGGGCUCACACAGAUGCCAAUACAGAUCUGAUGGCUAAAUCAUCACGGGCAUUCAGUGCUAGAAUCACAGAAAAGGUCACCCAGGACAACCUUAUCACUGCAGGCAUUGCAAAGAGGUCUAUGGAGACUCUGAGUGAUGAAGCCGCUGUAGGAGUGUGGAACUUCAAUGAUCCUUCAGUCAAGACAACAUGUAACUGUGCAAGGCAUAGAGGUGCAAAAAACAAACUUACUCAGCAAAAUAAAAGCAUACCUCCAGUUGGGAAGAAAGGAGACAAACCAGAGAAACUGGACCGCCAACAGUCACGUCUAGCUAGAGGUGCUGCUCCAUUCCAUCGUCGACAUUUAAUGGUGGAGGAUACAUCACAGAGUGAUAUGCCAUUAGUUCUCUCUGGACCUGUGGCCUCUUUUAAUUCCACAGCUGGGAAUGCUUUGCUUCCUCAGCUGAAUAAUUCAACAGAAACAACAGGUGGUACAGCAGCCAGUGUAGAGGCUGCAUCCCCCGCAGAUAUGUCUCCACUGAAUGGACACCCAUCACCACCUGACCCAGCUAUGCCCAAACUCAGUCCUCAUCCCCCCGUAGAUACAGGAACAGAGAAUAAGCCUGUUAAAAUGGCCACUGAAGCUCCACCGCAAGCUAACACAGCAUUUGAGUUUAUUAAACCUGCCACUGCAUCAACACCGAAAGUGGCAGAAAAUAUAUUGUCUCCUCUUUCCUGGCCUGGUCAGCAGAGCGAGGCAAAGACGGCCAGUAUAAAUAACUGGAUCAAAUCGUCUCAGCCCCAGCCCGAGGUCACAAGCAUCAAGCGGCCUGUACUUCCAGCUAAAGAUACCGAUGAGGAUGAACUAGUCACAAAAUCUCUCUUACUACCAGGACUAAACCGCCACCUUUUGUCAGAGUAUCCAGUGAAGAGAGCUAGGGUGGAGAGGGCUUGUUCACUGGUGGAGGUGGGUCCACAAUCUCCAGGUCUUCCCUCAAACCUCUCACAAAAACACAAGACGAAGCAGCCAGACCCCUACGACUUCAAUGACGAUGAGCAGUCCAUCAAUCCGGCCACUGUGUCUAAAAGAAUGUUCCGCUCAAGUCGAGAUGAAUUCAUGAACAAGAAAAUGGAUGAUGACAUGAAGAUGGAUUUUGGUGAUCCUUUUUCAGUUGAAAUUCCAGACUCGGCAUCAUCUCCUCCAGAAACACCAAGCGCCUCGAGGAAUCUGAUUCACACGAGUGAUCUGAAGCCCAGCUAUGAUGACCUGGCUCACAUAUUUGAUUCUGAUGAUUCAGACAGAGAUGAUAAUUUUGGUGACCAUCCUCAGACAGUGGACAUGAUGGAUGAUGGCACCACAAGGUUUACAAUGGGCAAUGCAAUGACAGUUGCAGAUGGCACAAUUUCUGUCUCAGAACUUUCCAAAAUGUACCCCACCCCUCCAUCAAAUAAUACCUCAUCUGACAGAUCCCCUGGCCCUCAUGAUAUACUGGACAACCAUAUCCCAGAGAAGCCCAUCGUCAAGACCGAGUUCAUUCCAAUCAAGGAAGACUUCUUCAGGGACUUGCCUGCUGUCUACAAGCCCCUGGAACAAGCCGAUUUUGUUGGUUCUGAUAAAUACUCACCAAUAAUACUACAGAGCAGCAAGAUGUCUCCUAUACCACGCCCACCAGAAUACAAAGCCCAUUGGCAUUUCACAAGCUUUGGGAAACCUUUGCAACCAAGCAAUUAUACAAAUAUCCCGUCCAUAGAAAACAUACCGAGCAUGUCAUCACGAAUGCCACAAAAUUCACCAGCCACAUUCCUGAACAAUAGUGUAGGCCAACAGAGGACUCCAAUGAGUAACUAUAAUGAACUCCAGUCUCCAGCAUCUAAUGCUUCCUCCUAUCUCAACAAAACACUGAACUCUAUAGACAACCAAGGAACUAACCUUCAAAUUCCAGAAGUUCACAGUCUUAUUGUCAAUGUGUUCUUAAUGGAUUCAAGGUCAAAUUUGUUUCGUGAUGUGAAUUUUGAUAGUUGCAAUAUCUGUGUAUGUAACAUGAACAUUAAGGGAGCAGACACUGAGAUUUAUUUACCUGAUUCCUCAGGGGAGUCUGCCACCCGUUGUGUUUGUGGAUUUAGUGCUAUAGUCAACAGACGUUUUGGAUUUAAUUCCGGGUUAUUUUAUGAAGAUGAAGUGGAUAUUACGGGUAUUAGAAACGAUCGAUACGAGGGGCGUAAACCUAGUUUGUUGGCCCUAGAGUAUCAGAAAGAUGGGGAGAAGCUAGCGGAGUAUACAGAUCUGCCUCACGAGAUUCUAAAUCUGCUGAUCAGCCAAUUUUCUUAUCCCUAUCCCUCAUCAUCAACAAUACAACACAUACUGCGACUCAGCAUGAUGAACACAACGUCAGGAUUUACAGACAAUUCUUCUGCCUUGGUGGAUGUUUUACAACUUCAAGAUGGAAAUGACAUCACAUACAUGGCGCUGGAUCUCGGGAGACAAGCAAUGGAACACUGCUCUCCAAACAAACUAGACGAUCCCAUUCUAAAGGCUACGUGUUUACACAAAUGGCAGUUUUUACAAGGUGCUAGUCGAAUACCUCAGAAUUCUCAAGAUUGUGUACAAGUUUUGAAAUCUCUACAACCUAUUCUUCAAGAUGCCAUACAAAACAAACGAAGUAUACCUUUAUGGGAACAUAAAUACAAAUUAUCAGGACCUCUCACUUGGAAAGAAUUUCACCAGCUUGCUGGUAGAGGUUCUGAUGAGAACUCAACUCCUCAACCGAUUCCAUCCUUUCUUGCUGGUUAUGAUGGGGACUGGUUGUCUCUGUCUCCUUAUUCUCUCAGGUUCUGGGAUAAACAGUUUUUGGAACCCUAUGGAAUUUUUUGCCCAUUACAUUUAUCACAUGUCAGACCUAUAUAUGUUCUGGAGACGUACAAUGCUCUGUCCUGGUUGACCUUUGACCCUGUACAGAACGAUCGCCAGUCAUGUUUGCCAAUCCAUUUUUUGGUGCUUAUGCAGAUGUAUCAUGCAUUAAAUGCAUUUGUAUGAUGUGAUAUUUUGAAGGAAACAAUGGUUAUUUUAGGAAAAACCGUUGAUGCAUUGGAUGCAUAUGUGAUAUUUUGGAACAGAAUUUGUUUACGCAAUGAUUUUUUUUAUGUUGUGUAUAAUUCACAUGUAAUUUAUUAUUUUCUAUGAUCAAAAUUUGAGCAAAUUGUUAUUAUUGUCAAGACUCAAAACAACAAAUCCAAAAACAUUUGUGAAAAUAACUUGGAAACAAAACCUAGGCAAUAUUUCAUGAUGUUUUAGACGUUAUGUAAUGGAUUGAGGCAAAAUUAUCAUAUUUGGUUGUAAUUUAUUUAUGUAAAAAAUGAAUUUCUAGAAGAUAGCAAGUCCAUGCUUGAGAAAAUUAACAAAAAUAUCUUAGUUUUUAUAUAUUAAAAAAAAAGUAUUUUUAAAGUGUUGGUGAAAUUGUUUUGAAAUUUUUUUCUUAAUUGUGCAUUUAAUGAAAUAAAUGAUUUUUAAAAGAACCCAAGAAACAAACAAACUCUGUUAACAUACAGCAUUGAUGCAUGACAUGGAAGUAAAGUGCCAAAGUUAAUCUUGCCAAAUUAGUGCAAAAAUCACAAAGCCCUGCCAAAGGAGGAAGUUUAUCAUUGAUUUGAACAAAAAAUACUGAACUACUUAUUGAGGUUUUUAAAAAAAAUGUUCCAAAUGGUAUUGCAAAUACUCAGAUCAUUAAUAAUGUGUGUAAUUCUAUGGAAUUUAGUUUAUACUGAAAACAUUUACUUGAGAGCUCGAGCAGAAAAAAAUGCUGAAAAAAUGAGCCUAUUUUUAUAGAAGGACGUUCCAGAAAAAAAAGGUAACUAGUAGGAGGAAAUUCCAAAUAUUUUUUUAUUUGGAGGAUGGCUUUUGGGGUAGGUAAGCAAACAUUACUUACUCUACCCUGCAUAGGGUGGGCAUUACUGUUGGGGGGGGGGGGGUCAAGAUUUUAAUCUAUUUGUUAAAAAAAAAAAAAACACUAUGAAAUUAAUAGAACACUUGAAUUUAAAAGCUUGAUUUGUUGUACCUAUUUUAUCCUUGGACAAUGCAUCACUCUAAAACUGAAAAUUAUGAGGCAUUAUAAAAGUAAUGAGGAUUGAGGAUAUUUGUGCUGUAUUUGCCAUCCUUGAAUGAAAGUUCCUAAUAUCAAAGCUAAGCCAAUUAUUUACCUCUCAGUAGGAAAUGCAUGUAUUUCCUAUUAUAGUAUCAGAUGAAUUUACAUAUGGUUACAGAAGAUAUUACUAAUGAUUUCCUUUGCAUAUUUUAAGAUCUACUUAACUGCACAUUUUAAAUUUUUGUUAAAAGAAAAUGGAAGUAAAUAUUGGGGAAAAAUAUUGGCAUUUUUUGUGUACGUACAUGUUUAUUUUUUUUUUCUGGAAUAGCUCUUUGUUAGUAAUUUAUUUUCAAUAUAACUCAUAAACUGUGAUUUCUUAUUUAAUGUAUAUGACAGAUUUCUUGAGCAAUGCAUUUACAACUGUAAGAAGUCUGCCUUGUGAAAAGAACUAUUCAAAUGUUAAGUAAAUAGUUGUGUAAUAUAUACGGACAUAAAGAGGGAGAGAGCGUCUUGUGAAGACAUGAUUUGCUAGCGCUGUUUAUAGAAUUAAUUUUGUAAUCUUUUUUAAUCUCAAUUUUUUUCAUGCAUGAAGUAAUGGAUGAUCUCGGAAUAAAUUUUUUGGAGAUGCUUCAAAGGUACAUUGUUCUGCGUCUUUUAUGAUAUUUACAAUUUUAUGGUAGAAUCCCAUAAUGUAACAAAUGCAUGCAAAGAAAAAAGGCAUGGAAUAUUUUGUAUCAGUUGUAACAAACAUCUCAAGAAACAAUGUCUUUCACUGCAUUCUUGUAUCUCAUAUAUAUGCAUGUUGUGCAAUACAAUGAAGCAUUGAAAUUAUAAGAAUCAAAUUCAAUUGAAGUUGGAAUUUCCAUUCUUAGAUCAAUUUGCAGAUUUUCAUUUUACAUGAAUUUUUUGUGAUCUUUUAUCGAUUAAUAUCGAGGGGAUUAAUUUGAAAAGUGCUUUUUCUAGAGUGAACUGACAUCAAAGAUGUCUAUUUAUCAUUCAUUCAAUAUGAGAAAAAAAUAUCUUCAUGUGAUUUUAGCAUAGGGUAUCUGUUGUUUUUUCCUUGUGUAUAUCAUGACAUGUUUUGUACAGAGGAGAUUUUUUUGUACAGAUGUUUUACCAAAGUCUAUGAAAUGUUACUAUAUAUAUACAUGUAUGUGAAUACCUUCAUCUCAUUGUUUGAUCAUUUUCUGUGUGAAAGGCAAUAUUUUUGGUAAAAGUGAAACUAGGUUGUUUACAGUAUUACUAUGACAAUGUACUGGUUCUGUAGUUAGCUGUAUGUGAUCGGAUCAUGCUUACUUCCAUAUGUCUGUGAUUAUAGUUACUACGGAGGUCUCAUCUCUACCAGCCAGGUAUGGAAGUGAACUUGAUCUAUACCAAUCAUGUGAUCCAGGAGUCACAUGACCUUGUGUCACAUGACCACAUCAAUGUCUCAGCUUCAGGUUAUGUCCGUGUACAUAGGUAUAAAUUUAUUCUCAGACUGUUUGUGAGAAAGUCAAUAUUAUAUUUGUAUUUAAUGAUGAUAAAAGUCAUAAUUUAUUUUCUGUUCCUAGUUGUGUAUUUUGAAAAUAAGAUGACUCAGUAGAUUCUACUAGCUCAUGGAGAAAUAAAUGAAUGAAGAUGA